AGCUGAAGCACUGAGAGGAUUUAUCAUUAACGACAUUACAUACACACAUUCAUCUAGUGUGUGUGUGUCAGUGUGUACUGACAAGCGUUAGUGUGUGUAAGUAUUCAGCAGGAGUGUAUGAGUCAGGGAGUUAACUAAGCAAACCCAGGCUGUAGAGAACAGAGAAGAGGAAGGUUGUGAAGAACAAAACGAGGGAUUAUUGGAGAGUUAAAGAAGAGCAGGGAUUUAUUGAGGAGAUAAACAUGGAAGUAUGGAGCAGCUCGGGCACGGAGGAGAGCGAGCAGGAGACCAGUGGCAGCCAGGGCGAGGAAGAAGAAGAGCCUGAGGAGGAAGAGAAGGAGAGCACAGAGGGAUUGUGCAGAGAACUGGUGCAAGUGCUGUGCUCUGAGAGAGUGGGUCAGGUCACCAAGACGUACCACGACAUUGAGGCUGUCACACAUCUUCUGGAGGAGAAAGAGAGAGAUCUGGAGCUUGCUGCGAGAAUUGGCCAGUCGCUGCUGAAGCAGAACAAAGCCUUGACAGAACGCAACGAGCUGCUGGAUGAACAGCUGGAGAUUGCGAGAGAAGAGAUCGCUCAGCUGCGUCAUGAGCUCUCCAUGCGAGAUGAACUCCUAAAUCUGUAUGCCAGCACUGAGGAGAUCGAAUCUGCAAUGGAAUCACGCUCACCAAUCAGACGCAAUGAGUCAUCCUCUUCUCUUACCAACUACAUCCAUUACGACUUCCUACAACAGAAGCUCAAAGGUCUGGAAGAGGAAAACCUCAAACUACGCACCGAGGCUGAUGAACUAACAUCAGAGACCACCAUCUAUGAGGAGCAGGAGCAGCAGCUGAUGAUGGUGUGUGUUGAAGAGCUCUCAUCAGUGAAUAAGCAGGUAGUAGAUCUGUCAGAGGAACUUGCCCGGAAGGUGGAGGACUCUCUGCGGCAGCAGGAGGAGAUCAGCUCUCUGCUUGGGCAGGUUGUGGAUCUGCAGCAGCGGUGUAAAGGGCUGAUGAGAGAAAAUGAAGAACUGACCCAGCACCUGAGUGCUACACGAGAAAACCAGUCACAGCUCAAAACAGAGCUCAAGGACCUGCAGGAGAGGAACUCGGAGAGUGAAGACAUGCUGCAGGAGGCCAGAGAGGAAAUAAAGAACCUGCGCAAUAAGAGCCUGCCCAACAGUACAGUGCAGCGCUACAGCUCAAUCGCUGCUGUGUUCCCCAUGGACUCACUCGCUGCAGAGAUAGAAGGAACUUUCCGCAAGGGCCUGGACAGCCCAGCUCCCUCAGAGUACAAGGCCCAUCCUUGGCGUGUGUUUGAGACGGUGAAGGUGGCAAAUCAGGUUGCUCGGCUGCGCUCUCAGUGCCAGUCCCCCCAGGUCCCGGGUUCUAACUCCGCCUCCUCGCGGUCCAGUCGAACCAGCACACCACGCACCAGCUAUUACGGCUCUGACUCAGUCAGCGUCAACCUCGAGGACAAACAUGCGUCUUCAACACCAUCACAUGAGCAGAGCUGUGCAGAGUCGAAGCGUCUGGGUCAGCCGGGAACUCCAGGUGGUCAGGAUCUAGAGGAGGCUCUCCGUUCGCUCUCUGCACGACAGGAGAGCCAUUCUUCUGAGCGCCCGUUCUUUGAGGUCGAGCGGGAGAGAAAGCUGAGGGCGCUUGGGGGCAGUGGGAGUGGCAGCGUGGGCGUGUCCAGUGGCUUUCUCACGCCCAAUGACAGCCUUGCUUCCACAGGAACAAACUACUCAGGCAGCUCCCAUCAUUCUUCUGGUUCGUCCAGCUCCCGCUCCUACCUGCCUGAGCGCUUACAGAUCGUCAAGCCACUGGAAGGUUCUGUCACUCUGCACCACUGGCAGCAGCUAGCAAGGCCCAACCUUGGCGGCAUCCUGCACCCACGGCCAGGCAUCCUAACCAAAGACUUCAAGGAGCUGGAUGUGGACUAUCAGCAUGUUUAUAACCUCAAUGACCUCGAGGAGGACGAACCUGACCUGUCUAAACUCUGCAGCCCUUCUCAUCACGCUAUGGUCAAUUCCCCUGGCCCCAACCUCCCCCACACCAGUCCAACCCAAACCAUCACCAACUGCCAGGUCCUCCAUCCCUCUCUCUUGCUGCCAUCCAUCACCACUAGCCUUCACACUCACAGCUUGCCCACUGGUGGGAGCUGUGAGCAUGUAAAGACCUCGUCGGAUCUCCGGCAGUGCUCGACGUAUCCUGGACACUUCCAUAGAACUGUCAUGUCUACCACACCCUCCCUAGGUCUCCUCCAGCUGCUUAAAGAUCGAGGCAUCUCUGCUUUAAUUCGACCCAGCUUGCCUUCCAUAUUAGCAGGACCUCCUACCGGCAUAGCUUUAAAGGACGAGGGGAGCAAUGUGGGAAAGGACACUGGAAAGGAAAACAAGAGGAACAUUUUCAGCUUCAAUCUGGUUGAGAAGCUUCAGAGCCUUGGUCUUCAGAAAGUGGUGGCCAGAGGAUUUAUAGACUCAGGAAAGGAGGGAAGUCAGUCAAGUAAACCUCCCUUAACAAAACGCUGAUUUGGUGAACCGUCUUCCAGUUCUUGUCCAGUAAAUCCAGAUCCGGUUUCUUAUCCAGCUUUGUGUUGUUCACACUUAGUGUUCACACAUUGAAAAGCCAUAUCCUUUAAUUUGAUUAUGAAUUAAUUUUUUAGGAGAACUCUUUCGUUUUCAAGGAUGUCCCGCUAAAAAUCUGCAGGACGGACAAUAGCCAGACUGGUUUUGAUCUGGAGAUGUUUUUACAUUGCUGUCGUAAUGUAAUCCUGUGUAAUUUAUGAACACUCAAAAAGGGAAUACCUGUUCUUUCAUUGUUAUUUAAGACCUCACCCCACAUUUUGUCUGUCUGAUUUUGUGUACUGGUCACCACCAUUAUGUCACCAUGUGUCUUGAUCUGUAGGAGCACUAAAUAAUAUUUAUUAGUGUGUGUCAGCACAGAGAAAUACACUAAGUCUUCUCAAUGUAAAAAGUUGAGGGGUGUGUAGAGCUUUCCUUAAGGCCAGUAAAAUAUUUAUUAGGCAUAUUAUUAUAAAAAUCCCCAUUAGCUCUUUUUAACAACAAUCUGUGCAUCGUGUGUUCUUGCUUUUAGAAUUACUGGAUCUUCUGAGCAUAUUGUUCAGUAUGUCUAGUCGAACAUUUCACACUUUUUAUAUAUCUAGUCACUUUUAGAACUCAUUUAAAUCACCGUAAUUCACUGUAAUGGACUGCAAAGGUGCUUCAGAAUAUACUUGAAGCUUGAGUUGUUCGUAUUGUUUCUUUGAUUGUAUUGUUUUCCAAUUUCCAAUUGUUUUGUGUUAAACCUGCUGUAUGAUGGCAUGCCAUGUCCAACCAACUAUUUGCACAUAUUGAAUAUGGAGAUUUUGGAGAUACCUCAUCCACCUCAUUCAUGUCAUCCAUCCACUUGAUUCACUGUAACAGAACAGUUUAACCUAGGGAUGCACUAAAUAAUCAGCAUGCAUAUUAAGUAAAAAAAAAAAAAAAAAAAGUAUAAAAAAGAGUAUAAAAAGUAAUUUAUGCCAAACAAUGAAACCUUGUCUUUGAAGACAUUUAAAAGAAAAAUACAUUUUAGGCUAUUUAAUUUAUGCAAUAGUUUAAUAAAAAAAAGGUGGACAAAUUUUAUUUAAAAAUUAUUUCAGUGCAUCCAUAGCUUUAUCUGUACUUUAGUUUUAGUUCCUAGCUUCAGUACUUCUGCAUAAUAUGACACACACCAUUUCAAAGACACACUAUCAGCUGUGUUUGUUGGUAUUGUGAAAUGAUGAGUAUAUAUACCAUAGAAUCUGUAAGUAGAGACAUAUUACACUGUUACUCAAGGAAUGGGAUGCAGAAAAUUGCUUAUAUUAUGGGGAGGGGGCCACAGCACACCCAGAUUUUACAUUAAUUUAACUGCAGCUGCUUAUUAAAAAGAAUAAUCUAAGCGUAGUAAAGAUCUAGAUGUGCUUGUGUUCGAUUGGUUUUUGGUUUUAAGUUGAUUUUAUCUUCUCAAACCUGCAGUUAGCCAAUUCAUGUUCCUCACCAAAAAUUCCAAAAGGACUUUAUAGGGCAUUUUCACACCUUAAAGUCUGGACCAGACUCUGAUUUGUGGCUCCUUUCACACCUGCUAUUUUGGUUCAAACCAAACUGAGACCUCUGAAAGUCUGGACAAAACAAAGAAGGUGUGAAAGCACCCUAAGAAUGGAACAGCUCAAAUAAAGUAAAAAAAAAACAAAUACUACAGCAAUAUGCAGCAUAUAAAUAUAUAUAUAUAUAUAUAUAUAUAUAUAUAUAUAUAUAUAUAUAUAUAUAUAUAUAUAUAUAUAUGCUUCUAAAACUACAGUCCUCAAGAGGAUUUCUGUAUUAAUACUUUGUAUAGAAGAGGCUGCAGUCAGUCUUGUUGUGUUAGUACUACUGAUUGAUUGAGUGCUUUUUUUUAAUACAAGGACUAUCAAAGAUAGUUAUAAAAAUAUGGAAAAAGGUUUUUGUUCAUUUUAAACACUUAUAAACACCCAAUGCCCUCAUCUUCUGUAUUGUGUAUUUUUGUACAUGUUUAUAUUUCAAACUCCAAACGAAAUGAAAGAGAUUUGAUUUGAAGAUUAAAAAAAAGACUUAUGGGGAACUCGGUGAAAGCAGUGGGUUACAGUGAAAACUGUACCUAAAGGUGGCCUACUGUAUAAGAUUAAGUUCUCAGAUUUUAGUGAAUGACAGUGAUAUAUUUUUAAUAUGGGAAAUAAUGUGGAGAGUGGAGGAGCUGUGAUGGUACCGUUUGUAUGGUGUUGAAGUUCAAGUGAUGAAGAUGAUGAAUGAACUUAUUGAGCCCCUGUUUGUGGUAAAGUAGAGAAAAAGUGAAAGUAAAAGUAAAUGAAAAACCAAACCCCGCCACACACAAUCACUGCAUUUUCAUCUGUAAUUAAUUGCAUCUGUAAUUAAGCAGUAAAUGGUAAUGAUUUAAGUUGGCCAGCACCGAUUAAUGAUUGUAUGUUUUCUUUCAUUGUCUUAAUGUGUUCUGUAAAGACAUUGGCACUGUUGCUUGUUGUUGUCAAGCAUUAAAUGAACAACUGGGUUCUCUGUAAUUAUAAAAUGUGUGCUUUAGUGAGUCACAUGUACUGUAGCAUAUGUAAAUUAAUGUACAUUUACAGUUCAUUUUCAAUAAACACAAAGCAAAUUCA